AUCCAACACCUGACAUUGUCACCCAGAUUGGCUACAUGAAGGCAAGGCGGUUUGUCGGCAUCUACCGUCGAAUCAAAUGUGUGGAAUUCGGCCACUGCCAGCAAAACAGGUCCUUGGAAUUGGAUUCAUUGGGAUCAUUCCCUUUAUAUUGUUAUUUUUCGCUUACAAUACAUCGAGUAGUCAACAUGCCUUCCAACUGGAGCUUCCGCCGAUGGGUGAGCGAAGGCCAACUAGCAAUGACGGAGAACUUGCGUUAUUCAACGAGAUGAUGCGAGAUUGGUCGCCAGAAAAACCAAGAGCUGUGAUAUACUAUUUGAUCAGCGGAGAUAAUUUGUGGAGGCUCGAAAGAUCGUUGAGACUUUUAAAUAAGAAUUUCAACCGAAAAUACAUGUAUCCUGUAAUAAUAUUCUAUGAGCAAUAUUUAUCAGAUGAGGCAUUAUGGAAAUUGCUAUCACAGUCUCCUUCACCAUUAUUUUUCCAAAGAGUUACAUUCACCAAGCCUGAUUCUAUCAAAGAAUCUUUACGGGCUGCGGUAAAAAGAAGUUCAUGUCCAUACCCCUUGGACCAAUCUCGGUUUCCUGGUUACAAUCACAUGUGUCGCUUCCACGUCCGCCUCGUUUUUGAAAGCCCAUUUCUCGCAAACGUCACGUGGUAUUGGAGACUUGACGACGACUCCGAGAUUUUACGUUAUAUUUCCUACGACGUUUUUAAGACGAUGGAGAACGGCGGUUACAUGUAUGGCUACAAUUCCGUCCAUGAGGAAGACCCUUUAUGUGUUGAACAUUUAUUAGGUAACGUGACUUAUUACCUAUUUAACCAAUCUAUAGAGCCGAAGCACUAUUACCAUUGGCCAAAGCUAGACAUAUUUUGGAACAACUUUGAGAUUUCUAAUGUAAAUUUUUGGCGACGGCCAGACGUGUGGCAAUUUAUAGACUACAUUGACAGGCAGGGAGGUAUAUAUUAUGAUCGCUGGGGUGACGCACCAAUCAAAACGGACGCAGUUACCAUAUUUCUUGACAAAAACCAAACGUAUUUCUUCUCGGAUUUGCGGUAUCGACACGGCGUCAAAAACGACACAUGGAUAGAUACUUUCCUGAGCACAGAUAUCUUUGAAAUACCCGUGGUAUCUCUAGUCGGAAUGGUGCUGUUGGUUUUAAUUGUUUUUGUUUUCGUAGGACCAUUCUCACGGUAACACAAUCAGUGCGUUCCUUUCUCAGCCGAUCGAUUGCGCCAAAACGAAAAUACUUAGGAUUUAAUAAAAUAUAUAUGAUACAUGUACCCUCUACCAGGGCGACAGAUUGAUUUUUCUCAGAUAUUCACAGA